CGUUCAUCACCACGACCAACACACUGCGUGCGCGUACACGUGCGUCCGCUGUGCGCGCCGCCGUUCCUGCGGAAUUCAGGAGGCUGUGGUCGGACUCGAAAGGCUCCCACCUAGAAAAUAAUGAACAACAAAUUUGACGCUCUGAAAGAUGAUGACAGUGGAGACCACGACCAGGACCAAGGCUCACCGAAAGACAGUGAGAAGGAAAAAGCUGAAGACGAGGACAAGGAACAGAACACCUCCAAGAAAAAGAUGGUGGUGCCAGGGGCAGGAGAGCACCCUCUUCAAUACAACUACACCUUCUGGUACUCCAGACGCACCCCCGGGAGACCAGCCAGUACUCAGAGCUACGAGCAGAACAUUAAACAGAUUGGUAGCUUCGCCUCGGUGGAGCAGUUCUGGCGUUUCUAUAGUCACAUGAUCCGGCCAGGCGACCUGACAGGCCAUAGUGACUUUCACCUCUUCAAGGAGGGUAUUAAACCCAUGUGGGAGGAUGAUGCCAAUAAGAUGGGUGGGAAGUGGAUCAUCCGUCUGAGGAAAGGCCUGGCAUCUCGGUGCUGGGAGAACCUGAUCCUGGCCAUGCUCGGGGAGCAGUUCAUGGUUGGAGAGGAGAUCUGCGGGGCUGUGGUGUCAGUACGCUUCCAGGAGGACAUCAUCUCCAUCUGGAACAAAACCGCUAGCGACCAGGCAACCACUGCCCGCAUCAGAGACACCCUGCGCCGAGUCCUCAACCUGCCUCCCAACACCAUCAUGGAGUACAAGACUCACACAGACAGCAUUAAGUAUAGCAUGGGAAGACUUCCAUGGACUGGUGAAUCCUAGUGGCGGACGUUAGCCCCUCACACAGACAACCUCUGCAAGAGUGUGCGUAUUGAUGUGCUGGGGGAUGACGAGUCUAGGGAAGGAUACCUCUAUGUGGAUUCGCACUGUGUAAUAUGAAGACAGAGCAAAAGUCAGGAACAGAGGCAAGAAGACCAUUCCUUCUUGGCGUCCAAUUGGAAAUUAACCGAAAAGCCUGUCAACAGAACACUGAACUAAGCCGAAGAAGGAAAAAUGCGUUAUUUUUAAUCAACCAGAGAAGAAUGAAAGAGCCUCCGAUUUUAUUUUUUAUUUUUUAUUAAUGCAAGUUGCAACAUCUGUUAACUUGCCACCAGAGGGAGGCCAUGUGACUGGUGUUUGCUGAUCUGGUCAUUAGCUGUUAACAAAUUGUACUUGACAAAAUACAACAAAACCAAUCUGUUAUAUAACCUAGGUCAGAUCGUAUUGCUUAGCAUAACAUCACAUGUCCUGCUGUUUAAAAUGAAUCUGUGUUAAUCUGUCUUAUUGGGACUCAAACAGGGUUGCAGGUAGAUGUUAUUUUAUUACAGUGCUGUAUUUUAACUACAAUUCCUCUGGUCAUUUUCAAACUAGAAUGAUAACUAAUAAUAUUAUUGUGUACGAUAUAUUUGUAAAUACAGUCUACUUAAAAAGAUCACGUAACUGAAUCAGCAAUGAUUCUCUAUCUUUGACCUGGAGGUUGAAUCCCAAAGGAUGAGGACCAUCCUGUGUUGGGCAGAAGGUUGUAUAACCGGCAUCUUAAGAAUGGACUGCCAAGCUGCCUGAAUCACUGUGCCUGGCCUCGAGCCCAACCCGACCCAGUUUUUCCUUCUGUCUGUUUUGUCUUUAUCCCACCUUGAAAGAAUCCAAGCGAUGGGCUCUGCUUUAAUGUCCUCAAAGGUGUAUAGGAGUCCUGAAACACUGACCUUCACUCCCUUUUCCAUUUUGUAGUAAAAAAAAAAAAAAAAAAAAAAACUGGGCCCAGGGUCAGGGUCUGUUACAGUUUUUAUCAAUUCCUCGGGAGCAUUUUUUCGGAACCACGUCAAGAAAGCGCCUAUGGUUUGUUGAAAAACUGUAAUGCUGCCCGUAAUAGGUGGUGUGAUGAUGGGUACAGGUGUGUGUCAAACACUGCUGGAUGUACACCUGAUGGAUUAUAGCAAUAAAUGUCAAAUAUGCAGCUGCUGCUAAAGCUUGUUCAGUGUCAGUUACUUUUAAUAAAUGUAUGUUGAAACAGAUGUUUCAACUGUUAUAUUUCAAAUGCAAUUAAAUGAGGCAGUGUCUUGUACUAUAAAGUGACUCGGCUGGUGUUCCUCACUAGUUACAGCCCACUUUCAACGUCUUGAUUGAUCCUUUUCAUUAAUCAGCUCAUUUCAAAGAACAUGUAAUUCUGUAGAGAAAAUGGUAAAAAAAAAGUGAGUUGAUUAGUGAGGGAUUUAAAUUAUAUAGACCUUUUUUCACAGCAGACAAAUUGAGCUCAAGUAAUACUCAAACAUUAACACUGUGUGUUUCAUGCUGCAGUCCCAGUAAACCAUGACCGUAGCAUGCAAAACACCUGGACCCUGACACUGAAGCAGCUAAAUGUAUGUAAAAUGAUGUACUUCUGGGAGAAAGGCCCAUUUU